UAAGAAAGGUGGACUAGACCAUAACUUUGUGUAGUGAAAUUUCAUUUGAACUUUUAAGAUAGAUUUGAUUUUCAUUCUCAAUAGGAAGAUAGAUUCAUCAUGUUCACUAAAAUCAAUACUUACAUGAUCUUUCUUUUUUGCUUUUAAGAAUUGUUGUCUAAGUUAACUUAAUGUAUAUGCAAAUGGGAUGGGAGGAGGGGGAAAAAAAACUAGCCACCACCAUCAUAUAAAGAAGAACCCAUGAAACAUUUUAUCUUGAAUUGGAAAACUCUUUUGAAACCCAUUAAAAUUUGUAAUGUCUUGAUUUGGUUUGUGAAUUAGAUUUUUUUUUUUUUUUUGAUACAAAAUAAUUUUAUCACACACACACACUCAUCAUCUUUCUUUUCUUUCUGCCCCUUUUAAACACUGAAAAUGGCAGAUUCCCAAUCAUCUUUUCUCCAUUAUAGGAAACACCCAUCAUUGCUCCCAACCAUUCUUUUCUUUCACCCAUAGAAACCUGAGCUUUUAAGCCAUUUCUUCUUCUUCUUAAUUCUUCUUCUUAUUCUUCUACUUCCACCUUUUUCAUCCAAUUUAAAUAUCUCUUCCCUUUUCUCAUCUUUUCUCCUUCCUUCCCUCCUGCUGCUACUACUCACUGCUCAUCAAAAUCUUUCUUUUCUUUGUUUAUUCUCUGCCUGUCUGUCUCUUUUCAUCUUUAUGAUGGAUCCUUCAUCUACAUCCUCUGUUAAUGGUUUCUAUUCAUUCUUAACCAAAGGGAUUGAUGAUCUUGAACGUUAUUUCCACUCGAACAAUUUCAUGUCUAUUCAGUUCCUACAAAGGGUUCUUUCUCUUCUUCGUUCUUUUCAUUCUCAGCUGACUUCGUUAGUUAAAAAGCUUCAUUUACCAGUUGGUGACAAAUGGCUUGAUGAAUAUAUGGAUGAAAGUUCUAGACUUUGGGAAGCUUGUCAUGUUAUCAAGUCUGGUAUUUCGGGGAUGGAGAAUUACUACUCAACUGGUGCUGAUAUUGCUGCUUCUCUUGAUGCUCAUAGAAACCCAACCACUCAACUUCUCCGUCAGGCUGUGAGGGCAAUUUCUGGUUGUAGAAGACAAGCAGUGGGAUUAGAAGAAGAGAACAGAGCAUUAAUGGAGAAUAGAAUCCAAAACCUUUCAUUAAGAUUUGAUGAGAAAGUUUUAUUAGAAUCAAAGCUUAACGGGUUUAGUGGAUUUCGUGGAGUUCUUUAUGCAAUGAGAAAUGUAAGCUCAUUACUUCUAAUGAUUUUACUCUGUGGGUUAGUUUAUUGCUGGCCAGAAUCAAGCUUUCGACGAGGAGGAAGUGGAUACGAAGGAUUAUUGUUUGGUUCAGGUUUUAUGGCAUCAACAGUAAGAUUACAACAGAGUGUAGUUGCAGAGAUGAAUAGAAAUGAUGGUAGGCCUGGAAUUUUACUUUAUGAAUUCAGAAAAGCUAAAGUUGCCAUGGAUGAACUAAAAACAGAGCUGGAAAGAAAUUUUGAGAGUGAUUCAGGAGUUAGAGAAAGAAUUGAGAAUUUGAAAAGCUGUAUUGGGACUUUGAAAUCAGGUAGUGAGAAUAUCAUUGGACAACUUGAUGAUUUCUUUGAUGAAAUUGUUGAAGGUAGGAAGAAACUUUUGGAUAUUUGCAGUCAUAGAUAGAGGAAAGAAAACAGAGUCAGAGAAGAAAAAACAGAGUUGAAUGGUCAGAGAAGAUUAUGAAAUUAGCUUGCUGAGAUGGUGAUGGGUUUUGUUUGAUUAGUGCUAGUCUCUGUUAUUUCUAUCAGUCAUGGAAUAUUUCUUCUUCUUCUUCUACUCUGUUAUUUUCUUCUUGUUUCCUUGCCCUUUUUAUCUUUUGUUUGUUAGUUGCAGCAGCUAUUUUACAGUUUGAAGAUUUUGAAGACAACUUUUUUUUCAUCAGAAAAGCAAAAAAAGCAGCAGAAUAAUUUAAUGCUUGUUAGGUAGAGAAGAAGAAGAAGAAUCUUCAAUAUUUACUGUCAUAUUACAAAAAGCCAGAACAAUUGAAGAAGAAGAAGAAAAAGUUACUUUCACUCUGUAAAAAAAUGUGAAGUUACAUUUUAAUAGCCAAAAAAAAAAGAUGCUUCUUUUGAUUCUCAA